UGAAAUCAAAACUGAUCUCACAAGUUGACUCUAUUCUCGUACAAUUGGUCACCGUCGCUCGGGUUCUCUUUUCUUUCCCGUCUUCUCUCUCACUCUCUUCCCUUUCCAAGAAAGAACCUUAACUCUGCUAAUUCCGGUUCAAUUUCAACAAUUGAUAUAUCGGUGCAAAAUAGAUCAAAAUGGCUGGAAAAGAAGAAGUUAAGCAUCUUGAGGAAUGCUCUGUUUCGAAUGCCUUAGGAACAUGGGUUUUUUCCGUAUUGGGUGCUUUGGUAGCGAUUCCUGUUGGAAUAAAGAAGAAAUCUCUUGCACCACUGGUAUUCUUUGGAACGACAGGCACCAUGCUGGACAUUAUAAUGGGGAUUAGUGCUUGUGAAAGAGAACAUGCAGAGCGUCAAAUGCAACUGUUGGAAGCACAAAAUUCCGCUACUGAUGCGUCAGUAGAGUCAUUACCAGAAUAAAAGCAACAUUAUAUGGUAACUUGCUAUCUUGAUCAGACCAAAAUUUUUCUUGUGUCAAAGUAUGAUAAACAUGUAUCUUAUACAUUGUUUCCUUUAGCACGGUGAAAAUCUCAAUUCCAAGAUGAUGAGCCUCCUGAUUAUAAUGUCAUGUUCUUGAAAAAAUAUUAUUGAACAUCCUACUCUACCUCAUGUAGGUUAUGUUUAUGGUCUAACAAAAUGUAGGUUAUGUUUCUACCUACUUUUGCUGAAAUCUGAUUCUGUACUAUAUGAUAUUAGGGGAUGGUAUACAAAAUAGUUCCUUAGAAUAGUGAGCAGCAAUUCAGAUAGUAGUAUUGAGUAUUGACAAACCUCAUUAUUCAUGUCAAACAAGAUACUUAAUAGAAUAGUGAGCAGCAAGUAGUAUUGACAAACCUUA